AUGACCCAAGAAAUCACAAUCACAGGCUUUCGAACCCGCGAUGUUCGGUUUCCCACUUCGUUGGACAAGACUGGCUCGGAUGCCAUGAACGCUGCGGGAGACUACUCAUCAGCAUACUGCAUUCUUCAGACGGAUUCAGAGUACACUGGACAUGGAAUGACUUUUACCAUCGGUCGAGGCAACGACAUCGUCUGCUUAGCCAUUGAACAUGUUGCAGAGCGUCUUCAGGGCAAGACUCUCUCCUCACUCGUGGCCAACUGGGGCCAGACGUGGCGCUACCUGGUAAGCGACAGUCAGCUGCGGUGGAUUGGCCCUGAAAAGGGCGUCAUCCACCUUGCCCUCGGAGCCGUCGUGAAUGCGGUUUGGGAUCUUUGGGGCAAGGUGCUGGGCAAGCCUGUGUGGAGAAUCGUGGCGGACAUGACUCCGGAAGACUAUGUCAACUGCAUCGACUUUCGCUACAUCACAGACGCCAUCAGCCCAGAAGAGGCCCUCGCCCUUCUCAAGGAGUCGGAAGGCGGCAAAGCCCGGCGGAUUCAGCAAGCCCUCAACAGCAGGGCCGUGCCGGCCUACACCACCAGCGCGGGGUGGCUGGGCUACAGCGAGGACAAGGUGAAGGCCCUGCUGCGGGAAACGCUGGCCCAAGGCUACAAGCACUUCAAGCUCAAGGUCGGCGGCAGCGUCGAGGAAGACAAGCGCCGCCUCACCAUUGCCCGCGACGUGCUCGGAUACGACGGUGGUAACAUCCUCAUGGUGGAUGCCAACCAGGUCUGGUCCGUCCCCGAAGCUGUCCAAUACAUGAAGGAGCUUGCCAGCUUCAAACCCUGGUUUAUCGAGGAACCAACCUCGCCCGACGACAUUCUCGGCCACAAGGCUAUCCGGGAGGCUCUCAAGCCAUACGGCAUUGGUGUCGCCACUGGCGAGAUGGCACAGAACCGUGUCGUCUUCAAGCAAAUGCUCAUGAGCGGCGCCAUUGAUGUCUGCCAAAUCGAUGCCUGCCGACUCGGCGGCGUCAACGAAGUCUUGGCCGUCCUUCUCAUGGCGAAAAAGUACAACGUUCCCAUUGUGCCUCACUCUGGCGGUGUUGGUUUGCCCGAAUACACACAGCACUUGAGCACAAUCGACUACGUCGUCGUCAGCGGCAAGCUCUCCGUGCUAGAAUACGUUGACCACCUACACGAGCACUUUUUGCAUCCUUCCACCAUCAAGGACGGCUACUACCAAACACCCACCGAGGCGGGAUACAGCGUGGAGAUGAAGCCCGAUAGCAUGGAUAAGUUUUCGUAUCCCGGUGAGAAGGGGGUGAGCUGGUGGACGACUGAGGAAGCCAAGCCAAUCCUUACGGGGAAGAAGAUUUAA